AUGAAUAGUGUUGGUCAACCGUUUGAUUAUUAUUGUGUAUUGGAUUUUGAAGCAGUAUGUCAUCAAGUUAAUCCAAAUUUAAAAAAACCAUCAGCUAAUGAUAUUUGGGAAAUAAUUGAAUUUCCAAUAUGUUUAUUAUCAUCAGAAACAAAUCAAAUAAUUGAUAUUUAUCAUAGUUAUGUUCGACCAACAAUAAAAACAACUUUAAAUGAAAUAUGUAUGUCGAUAACUGGUAUAACUCAAACAAUUGUUGAUCAAUCUCCAACAUUUGAUAUUGUAUGGAAUGAUGUUCAACAAUUUUUAUCUAAACAUUCAUUAAUAUCAUUGACAGAUGAUUAUUCAAAUUGUCAUAGUUUUACAUGGAUAACAUGUGGCAAUUGGGAUUUACGAACAAUGUUACCAUUACAAUUAAAACAAUCUGCAUUAGAACGACCUGAAUUUAUUGAUCAAUUUAUUAAUAUAAAAGAAUUAUAUAUGGAAUAUUAUCCAAAUACUCGAAUAAGAGGAAUGAAAGAUUUAUUACAAAAAUUAAAUUUAAAAUUAGAAGGACGACAUCAUUCAGGAAUUGAUGAUACAAAAAAUAUAACUAAAAUAGCACAAUGGUUUAUUGAAAAUAAACAACCAUUAAAAUUAACAUCGAAAAAAACCGAAUAA